AUGUCUUAUAGCAUCAUCAAGUUUCCUCGUGGGAAGGAUAACCAUGACUUUUAUUACUACAAGCCAUUAGAUGACUCUUGACCAAAAUCCAGUGCUCUCGUCACUGAUCCAGAGAGGAGUGUCUACCUCUGCUCAUUCACGAGAGAGCUUGAAGAAGGGUUUAUCAAAAAAUAUAUGGGUUUAGCAGGCCAUAUUGAGAGUGUUUACAUUGGAAUUUAUAAAAAUAGAAAAGGAAGCAAAAAGAAGAGAAGAGCCAUCUUCUACUCUAUUAUUGUAUACAAGUCAGCAAAGAGUGUGGUUAAUUGACAGAAUUCUGAUAGCAUCCAGCAUAAGAUUGAUCAUCUUAGAGAGUCUGAAGCAGAGCCAGAACUUGACCCAUUGAGUGGAUUAGGCAUGGACGACAAGACUGAAGAAGAAAAGCAGAAAUGGAUAGAUAAGAUGGAGGAAGGUGGCUUCACUCUGGUACUUCCUCAAAACCCGAAAUCUCAAAGAAAGUUUGUAUCUGAUGGAGCAACCACUGUUCAAGCAGCAAGUCUUAGAAAAACUAAACAGCUUCAAAAGAAAUUAGCAAAUAAGGAGGAAGUCAAUGAAGAAGAUGUCAGAAAGAGAAGAAAGAGACAGAGAAGAGAAUUGUACAAAAAUGAUUUCUAUAAAUUCCAGAUCAAGGAAGUUAAGAAGGAUGCCCUCAAAGAUCUCAGGAAAGGAUUCGAGAUGGACAAAAUCAAGCUCAUCAAUAGAAAGAGAAGGAAAGUGCAAGAAUAAUUUUCAAUAUUGCAAAGAAAA